AUGGACGGACUAUCGUCGGUGCGUAUACUCUCAGCAUUCAGUCUAGACUGUCAUUGCUUAUCCCUGCUAGUAACCGGCGCGGGCGGAUUCCUAGGCACAACCGUGACAGAAUCAAUCUUAGAAAGCGGUGGCGAUGUCAUCUGUCUAGACGUGAUGGACACACCAAAAGCAUUAGAGUGGGAAAACAUUGAACAUAUCGCAAAGAAAUACUCUCGUUUCGUGUCAUACCACCAGUGCAACGUGCAAAGCGACAACGAAGUAGCAGAGACAUUCACAAAAUUUGUCCCAACGCUUCGAUUCCCAAUCCGCGGUCUCGUAGCCUGCGCCGGUAUUUCGGACAACGGACCCGCAACCGAAUUUCCGGGCGAGUCUUUCAGCCGCCUGCUUGAUAUCAAUGUCACGGGUACAUUUCGCAUCGCACAAGCUGUUGCACGGGAGGUUCUCCGGGUGAGCGUGUCGGCGAGCAUGGUUUUCGUUGCUAGUAUGAGCGGCUAUGGCGUGGACACGGCGGGAUACAACUCCUCUAAAGCGGCCGUUCACCAGCUUGCUCGCUCGCUAGCAGCGGAGUGGGGGUCGAGGGUUGGCAUGCCUCUGAUCAGGGUCAAUUCGCUGUCUCCUGGGUACAUUCGUACCGCUGCUACCGCCGAGGCGUUGCAGAAGCCUGGUAUGGAGGCGCAGUGGACCGGUGAUAAUAUGCUCUAUCGAUUGAGUACGGUGGAUGAGUUCCGUGCGCCGGUGAUAUUUUUGUUGGGUGAUGGGAGCAGUUUUAUGACGGGGUCGGAUCUGAGGUGUGGCCCAUUUGAACAGAAAGGCUACAUUCUGACGGAGACGAACUUGGCUGGACAGACACUGUUGCAUGUGGCCGCCGGGCUGGUGUCUGAACGUGUGAGCCCGUGGUUCAAAUUUCUACAGGCCAAAGGGCUCGAUUCUGUGGCUAGAGACAAGGAAGGGAAAACUCCAAUUGAUAUUGCGAAGUUGAAUGAGGAAUUUGAUGGACCACUCACUCUAAGAGAUUAA